CAGGAAGUAAAUAAAAGCUUUGAGUUACGCUCCCGCUCUCCGUAGCGGCAUAAACAUGUUACCAUAGCAAUGGAGAGAAGCAAAUGGGAGAAAACAAUCGUAAAUUUACAGGCAUGUGCGCGUGGAUAUCUGGUGAGGAAAGAAGUCUGUAAAGCACGAGAAGACUUUGAAGACAUCGUGAAGGAGAUUGACGGGCGCCUGACUCAUUUAAAGUGGACGGACACGCUCAUCUCUAUUCCCCAGUUCAUAGACACGGGCAGCCUACGUCCAGCACCCAGCAGCCCUGCCACUAAGCCUCUAGAUCCAGAGACAGAUGUCAGUGCUACUCCCCAGAUCCCUGCACCCUCACCAGAGAACAGAGAUCAUCACUGUGCCCUGCUAGAGAAGACAGAAGCAGAGAGAGAUGAUUCACUGACCUGUUUACCCAGCAGCAGCUCUAUUAGAGGGGAAGGAGAGGGCCAGAGACAAAGCGGUGUGGUGGAGUGCACAGCGGGGUCGUCAUCUGUCUGGAGCAGUGUUGAGUUAGAUAUGAACUAUGCUCAGUCUCAUAAAGGUUCUCGUCAGUACUGCUUGACUCAGGAGGUGCCCCGUACCCCAGAGGCCCUGCGUCUCCAUAGAAACACCCUGACCAUGGAGCUGCUCUGGCUUCAGCAGGCCAUUGACAGCAGGAAAAAGUACUUGUCGCUGAAGGAUAAACUUAGCGCAUCCUGACGGCACCGUUACCAUGAACUGGACUUAAACAUGUGGGAGUGAUGCCUUCAUGUACACGGGAACCUGCAGCACUGAGUACCUUCUUCGUGUUUGGCAUAAGUUAAUAAACCUGUAUAUUGUGUAUUUUCAUGUAUAUAAAAAAAAUAAUAAAUGUUAUUUUUCUACAACGUU